GAGCACAAGUAUCAGGCCGAGAUCGCCCAGAUGGUGUAUGUCUUUGGAGAGAUCCAAAGUCCAGCCGAGGAGUCGGUGCACCUGAUAGAGGAUAUGGUGCGCAGUCAGAUGAUCGAGCUCGCCACUCGAGCACGGACAAUCUCUUAUCUGCGGAACGCCCGGUAUCUGACAAUCGAGGACGUCAUCUACCUUAUCCGUGACGAUCGGGCUCGAGUGAACAGGCUCAGAACGUACUUGUCUUGGAAGGAAGUGAGAAAGACGGCGAGAAAGGAGGAAAGCAGCGCGACAAAGGGAGGUGCGGAUGUGGAGAUUGAGGAUCUGGAGGAUGAUCUCGUCGAGAAAAAGGCGCCUCGGAAGGAAGUCAUCAAGUUGCCAUGGGAACCCCUGACUCCGUUCGCCGAGGUCCUCAAGAACUUGCCGGGAAGACAGAACGGUGCGGCACCCGACGAGGAAGAGGAUGACGAUGAGCUCGAGGCAUACGAAGAUAGCUUGCAGCGACUGAGGGCAACGGACUCGGUAACAAGACGAAUGUCCAAAGAACAAUACGUGUUCUACUCUGAAUGUCGACAGGCAUCAUUCACUUACCGAAAAGCCAAACGGUUUCGAGACUUUCUGAAUACGACGGCGUACCUCGACCUGAAACCGAACGAAGACGUCAUGGACGUCCUAGGUUUCUUGGCUUUCGAAUCCGUCCGCUCGCUCUGCGUCGCCGCGCUCGAGAUCAGGGACGCCGCCGCUGGAGCGGAAAACAUGGUCUCUACCCCGGAAGCCAAGAUGGAACAGGACUCGACGUCAAAGACGACCCCGGCAAAGCCGAGAGCUAAAUCGCCCCCGCCUGAACCUUGGAAAGCUCCGCCAACGUUGCCCCUCUUGCCCGCUCACUUGUUGACCGCCUAUUCGAGACUGCAACGGGGUCAAGCAACGAAAAAGGCAGGAGGUUUGAGGAAUUGGCGGGGUGGCGUCAAGCGGACCAAGAUUGCCUUGAUUUGA